GGUGCUGAAAGUGGAGGUGGGGAAGGCGUGUUGCCGGUGAGGCGAAGGUGGGAGGAGAAGCCGCAGACACCCCGCUGGGCCGCCCCGAGGGAACCUUCCCCCCCCCACGGAAAGAGAUGGUGUGGUACGGUCCGGGCCGCGUCCCGUUGCUAGGCGCCGCGGUCACGUGCCCCGCCUGCACCCUCCCCCUGCUGCCCGGGCUGGGGCCGCCAUGGCUGACGUCAUCGGGCCCAUCCUGGUGCAGGUUCAAGAAGACCUUCACCAGCUUAAGAGAAAACUUGCAGGUAUCAACCUUGAAGGAAAUCAAAAUGCCUUGGAUGUUCGUAAUCUUGAAACAGCCAUUGAAAGAACAGAAAUUGGGUUAAAAAAACAUGCUGAGAAUUAUUUCAAUGCCAUAAACAGACAAGUGUUAACUGUUCCUUCUACUGACCAGAAGGAAGCGUGUUCAAAACAGCUCUAUAAAUGGGAGCUUCCUAAGGAUGCUGCUCAAAAACAGUUAAUGUUACCACUGGUACCUGUUAAACCUCUGACUGCCCAGCCCUGGAGCAAGACAGCAUGUACUUCUCCAAGAUCACAGCACAAGCUUGCCAUGCAUGUGAAAAUCGGGUAUGAUUCAGAACACGCCAGUAACAAAGUUCUUUUAAAUCAGAAGUAUGGAAUCAGCUUGCCACUUAUAAAUAAAAGAAAAUCAGCUCCAGUGUGCGCUCAGAAGAUAGUGAAGGGGCCUACAGUCAGUAACCUUUGGGUUUUGCCCGCCUCUCACCAAAUAGAUGCUCCCCUACCCAUGUGUGAGAGAGAUGCAAAGAGAGGUAUUCUGAACCUAAUCGAGCGCAGGCUAAUCCCGCCGGCAGCAAAGAUUACACUUGAGUCGCCUCCAGUUUUACCCAAAGCCGCUCCUCUCCAUGAAUUUCACAAACGUCACAAGAAGCCUGUUUCAGGGAAGAUGAGUAGGAAGGCGGAUGCUGUCACAGACAUCUUCACUUAUCCAGACCCAAAGACAACUGUCAAUGGCACGUGCUUCUCCAACAAGGGUAACAUUGCACCAGCCCCGUCUAACAUCUCCGUGGACUCAGCUAGGAGAUCAAAGCGAGUGUGGACACAGCCAACUCCAGGGCAAGAGGUGGCACUUUGCAUCCCACCUCAGCCAGAGACCUCACAAAUGAUGCCAUUUGAGUCCUUCCAGAAUUCAGUUUUGGAUUACGACAUAGCUAUUCUCAAUGGUGCUAUAGACCAUAAGGCUCCAGCCUUCCUGGCAUUUAAGCAGUACUACUGUUUGUCCUGGGGAAGUAUUCUCUCUCUCUUGGAACAUGUUGAGAAGCUGCUCAAGGACUACGCCAUACCAUUAGCUAUAAUAAAAAGCAGAAAUUUGGUGGAGCUUGUAUCAGAUUUUGAACUUGACCGGAGGCCAAGCAGAGAUGACAUUCUGUCCAUGAUAAAGAACCGAUCCACUGUGAAAAGACUCUUAAAUCAACCUGGCCGGCGAUACAAAGGGCAAGAUGGUACUGAAAUGGCUGCCACAAAGAUCCAGGCAACAUGGAGGCGCUAUCAGGCCAGAAAACCCUACAUCCAUUUCAGGCAGCAGCAGCAGGCAUCAGGUGUGAUUGCCAUUUCUUGGCUCUUGCAUACUCGCAUGGCACGUGUAAAAAAGACCCUGAAGGAAUCACGUCGGAGACACCUGGAGAAUUUUUACAUCAGGGCCAAGCAUCUGGCAGCCAACUGGAAUCGCAUCAGGACCUCCAGGAGGACUAUUAUCCAUAUCCCAUCAUUAGGUUAUUCCCAAAGCAUUCGUGAGAAUAUGUCUGACUUUGCUCUCCAGCAGAAUUUGCAGAUGGGAAGGCUGUGUGACAUCCAAGAUGCCAACGUGGACGUCAUCUACAUCUGCCCCCUUCAUCUGAGUGAGGAGUUACUGCAGUAUUACAAUAAACUCCUGGGUCUGCAGGCAGCUGUUAGAUCUGGGAACCCUGAGGACAUGGGUGACCUGCAGGACAGGUUCAAAAUUCUCACCCCUGAAGCUAUAAACAGCUUCCCUAACCAUCCCAUGUGCUUGGCCACUCAGCUGAAGUACAGUCCCAAGACGAUCAAAAGAAUAAAAAAUCUUAUCCAGGGCAAGGACGCCUACGUGAUUGGAGGGGUUCCCCACAAAGAUGAUUUAGCGGUGGCUGACAUGUUAAAUGUGCCCAUACUGGGCUCUGUGCCAGAAGUGGCUCAUCUCUAUAGCACCAAGUCUGGAAGUAAAAGAAUUUUUGCCAGUGCUUGUGCGCCAGUUCCCCCCGGAGAAUAUGACAUCUAUACUCCUCAGCAGAUGCUUGACGUUCUGAGUCAGCUGGUCAUCGAUAACAUGGAAAUACGGCGCUGGCUGUUUAAAGUGGACAGUGAACUUGGCGGAAAUGGUACCGCCUAUUGUGAUGUUACCUCCCACCUGAAAUGCUACCCCUGGGUCCAGAAGGAGCGUCGUAGAUAUGCUGCAGAGGUGUGGACCAAGAAAUGGGCGCACGAGCCAGCUUUGGUGAAGAUCUCCCAGGAGCUGCCGGGCCUUUUAGCACAGCACGCACAGCCAGUCAAUGAGAAACGAUUCCCUACAUGGGAAAAAUUCCUCCAAACAUUUCUUAGUCAAGGUGGCGUGAUAGAAGCCUUUCCACCCUCCGAAAACGUCACCAACCUUACUGUGGAUAUGCUGAUAGAGCCAAUGGGAGAGAUACGAAUGGUUUCAUCUGGAGACCAGAUCCACGCUGAUGGUCCCUUGCAGUCAUCUGGCACCACUGUCCCACAGUGCUCUGUUGAUCCAGCAGUUCUUAAUUCACUGUGCUUAAAAAUUGGAGAGGCUUGCAGAUCUAGAGAGGUGCUUGGGUACUUCUCGAUUGACUUUGUAACUUUCAUCCAUCCACAAACAAUGGAGCAACAGGUGUGGGCAACAGACCUUGACCUCUACUACAGUGACCAGCUGGCCCUCACUCAGCUCAUGUUGUACGUGACAGAUGGAAAUUUGGAUUGUAGCUCUGGCCGCCUUGAAGUACCACUUCCCUGUAAGAAAAUGAAGAGCCAGUGUGUUCAGACUGGGGAGGCCAAAAUCUCGUCUCCACUAAGCAGCCGCUCUGCUGUCCUGAGCAGCCAGAUGAGGCACUCCAACCUGUCUGUAAUCUACUACAGUGUUCUCCUCCAGAUGUGUAAGGCUCAUGGCAUUGGAUUUGAUGUCCAGGAAAAACAAGGAACCAUUUUUAUGCUCUAUGAAGACCGCAGGCGAUACAGAUUGGGAAUGAUAACAAUCGGAGAGGAUCUCCAGGGGGUCCUCAUGACCUUUGCUCGCAAUCUCUUCAUCAUCCAUCAAGAAAUAUCAGCACCUAAUAUGCAAGGCGAGACCAAUUUUAAGAUGGCAAUUCGAGACAUUGAAGCAAUCUUGGGAACUACAGCAGAGAACAAACUAAAAUGUGAAGAAGAGCAGUCCUCCAAAGCAGAUGCUCCCCAAGAAUAGUUCACUGAAAUGUUUAAAGUAUCAUAUUAUUUAAGCCUCUCAGAAAGCAGGGGAGGUGGGGGAGCUCCAAUUUUAAGGAAUGCAGGGAAAACAUGAUAACCUAAAUAUUUUGUUGCCUCUAUACCUUGAUAAUUGACUUAAUAUUUACAGGGACUGAAUGUUAAUGAUUACUGUGUGCAUUUAAAUGGUUAGUAAAAAUAGUCCUAAAAUACCCCUGUUUGUGCAAAAGGAAAUCAGUAAAAAGGUGAAAAACAAUACUUGCUGCCCAUGCUAUUCUACAUGCCCCCACAUUUGUAUUUUGAAUCCUGAGCACAGCGUCUGCCUUUCAAACCUUAUUCACAGAAUCAUAAUUGUUAAGGUCAGAAGAGAUGUCACGAUCUAACUAACAGCACAGCCACAGCCUUUCAUCCGGUGAUUCCUGCCUCCAGUCCAUAACUUCUGGUUGAGCUAAAUUGUGUCUCUCACAUAAAUCAACAGUCUUGAUAUGAAGACAGGAGGUAGCAGGGAGUCUGCCACAUCCCUCAAUAAGUCAAGUGACUUCCCUGUUAAAAAAUCAGUGCCUUAUUUUUAGUCUGGAUUGGUCUAGAUUGUGACAAAUCUUGUUACGCCUUUGUCUGCAAAUCUAAAAGAGUCCUUGGCUGUCAGAAAUCUUCCGUCUGCUGCAGUAGUUAAAUUGGGAUCAAGUUACCUCUGAAACUUCUUUUGGAUGAACCAAACGGAGAGUGCUGUUUUAGUCUUCCACGGUAAGAUGGCUUUUCUUGUCUUCAACUCAUUCUGGCAUCUCUUUUCUGAACUCUAAGUCACCAACAUCCUUUUAAAAACAUAGGUGCCAAAACUGGACAUUGUAUUCCAGUGAUGAUUUCACUAAUGCCACGCACAGUAAAAAUGCCACGUCCCAGCCUCUGCUUAGUAUAUCCAAUGACUGUUGGCCACUGUAUCCUACUAGGAGCUCAUAAUCAAUUGGUCUCCAUGACUCCUAGGGCCCGUUCAAUGACCCCAUUAAUAGUUCCUUUUUCAGAUAUAUCUAUUAGCUAGUUUUUAUCUGUUUGAUAUGUUCUGUGCUGAUGCUGUGUGUAAAAAUCAGAAUUUUGCACGGUAAUAAGUUAAACACAUUAGAGAACCCCAUACGACUACUACACUUACCUUUAGUAGGGUGGGUAUGUUGUUGCAGUCACGACGGUCUAGAAAAUACGUGAGAAGCAAAGGAUUUUUGAUGAUAUCUUUUAUUGGAUGAUACUGCAUAACUGAGAGAGACAUCAGGCACGUCAGACACGAGUGCCCUUCUUGAGGCACCUUCAGGACCCUUGCUUUUCAGAGUUACCCGUCUUAGCCAAACUUGCAGUCUCAUCAAAAAAGACAUGAUUUUUGUGUCACAAGAACUGUCGCCCAUAAAAUUACAUUGAUGAGCAUGAAUUGUGUUUUUAUUUUUUAAAUCUGCACUGACUGCAUGCCAGGCCAGCUUUUCCUGAGUUUGCCUGGAACAAUAUUUAUCCACUUAGAAUUGCUAUAAUUUGGAGGUAAGCGGUAAAAUAGUUCUUUAGCAUCAAGUCCCUCAUUGCCGACAGGACAGGAUGGUAGCGGACAGGGGAAGAACCACCUCGCCAACCAAGGCUGUAAUAUUUAUCUUACUGGCAGAUGGUGCUCUGGCUUGUAGUUUACAAUUUAUUUCCUCCUGCAGAUUGAGUGUAUUAUCCCCUGAAUAUGCCAAGUCUCUUCCAACUUACUGCUCAAAAAUCUCAAGCCAAGCCAGGAUUUUCAAGGCAGUAAUGGCAUUUACUAUGCAGUUACAGUAUAUCCGUAUUCUCUUUUUACAAAUGCAGGUUUAACUGAAGUGCACGUGUGCCAGGAUCCAUUAAGUCAGUACAUAAUCUCCUGUAUCAACCUUCGUAUUUCCACUUUGGUUGACGAGCUAGUUAAAGAUACAAGCAAGAACUUUCACAUAAAUGCUGACUUGCCCCUCAGAUAAGAAUCUAAAUUUACAUACUGUAAAAUUGCUUGGUCUUUUUUGUCACAGUUUUAAUAAAAACUUGGUUUUGGAUGCCCUAGCGCCACGUGUAGGUUGUCUGCUGUGGAAUUCAGCCAACACGCUUCCUUUCUAGAAGGCUUUGUUUCACUGCAGCUGGAAAUGAGAGCAGCAUGUCCCUUGCCUGUGGUAGGUACAACAUUGAUCUGUCGCUUGCAAGAAGUCAGUUAUCAAAAGACAUUGCUAAGAAUGCUGCACUACUUGCUUAUUAAUCGUUGAGACAAAGAAUUGCCACUUGUUCUCCCUUGGUGCUGAGGAUAAGCUCUUCCAGCUUUGUCCCCACUGCAGACAAGACAUGCUCUCUCUGUACUUGCUUCCUGCUCAAAUAGGCCAUUGCUAGAUUUCUCGCCAAGCCUCUCCUAUACGCAGUGUAGCAUUCCCAUUUGGUCACUAAAACACUGUGUGUAUUGGGGUGGGAGGUCAUUUCCCAAGUGUUUUAUCAACCUGAGAGUUAGCAGUUUUCUUAAGGGCUAAAAAGAAAUAAGUCUCGAUCUGAGCCAGAACAACAUAAGGUCUGAGAGGCUCAUUAGUUCACUGGCACUCAACAGAUCGCUGUGUCCUAGGUGGAAAUGAAACCCUCUACCUCCUUAUGUCUUUGUUCUGGUCUGACAAAAGAAAACUCUACCUGUUUUUGCUUAGCACAUGUGAUCUGAAAAGUCCUCUGGUGAGAUAGAUUUCCCAGUCUGUACUAAGUGUGAAAUGUACUGGAGGAAAAUGUUUUUAAUUACUAUUAGCAUUUUGGAGUCUUGAGUCAAUGGCAAGAUUGAAAUGAUUUUAGUCUGUCACAUUCAACUUGCAUGCUGCUGGUGUCAAAAAUGUUGUUUCGGCAUUAUGGUGGUUAUGGGCUGAAAUACCAAUUUGCAAUCAAAUAUGUGUUGUGUCAUACGUUAUACAUGUCAUUGUAACGUACUCACGUUUAGGUGUGUUUAGUCCCAAGCUCACGCCACUACAUUCCUCUGUUUCCCUUAUCAGGAAAAAAAUGAUCCCUUGAAUAAAGUUAUAUGAACGAUCA